UAUUACAGUACAGCUCAGAGAAGAGAUUUUAUUAUUUAUUGCUGUUGUUAUCAGGUUGGAUUAAUCUGGGUUAAAUAUUUAUGCAGUCUUUUAUCAUGAAAAGCUCGAAGGAAGCAGUGCAGACCGCCGCCAAGGAAUUUCUUCAUUUUGUUAAUCGUGGAGUUUCGCCUUAUCAUGUGGUGGAGGAAUGUAAGACACGUCUUUUGAAAGCUGGCUUUACAGAGUUGAAAGAGUCUGAACACUGGGACAUCAAACCAGCGAACAAGUACUUUGUGACCCGAAACUACUCCACCAUCAUCGCCUUUGCAGUGGGUGGCUUGUACAAACCUGGCAAUGGUUUCUCCAUAAUCGGAGCUCAUACAGACAGUCCUUGUCUGAGGGUGAAGCCCCGCUCCAAGAAGACAAAAGUAGGCUGCUUGCAGGUUGGUGUAGAAUGCUAUGGUGGAGGAAUCUGGAACACCUGGUUCGACAGAGAUCUGACUGUUGCAGGUCGGGUCAUGGUCAAGAAGGAUGGUAAGCUUCUGCAGCGUCUGGUGCACAUCCAGCGGCCCAUCUUGAGGAUCCCUCACCUGGCCAUCCAUCUGCAGAGGGAUAUCAACGACUCAUUUGGACCCAACAAAGAGAACCACCUAGUACCUUUACUGGCUAGUGCAGUUCAGGAUGAGCUAGAGACAGGUGUUCCUGCUUCUAGUGGUGCCUGUGAUGCAGCAUGUACAGCGGAGAAGCACCAGCCUGCUCUGACCCGGCUUGUUUGUUGUGAGCUGGGGGUCGAACCCGAAACCCUGUUGGAUUUUGAGCUGUGUUUGGUGGACACCCAGCCUGGAACAAUUGGAGGUGUGUAUGAGGAGUUCAUCUUCUCUCCUCGUCUGGACAACCUCCACAGUUGCUACUGUGCUUUAACAGCUCUGAUAGAUUCCAGUAUCCCUGAUUCUCUCUCUGCUGACCCAAACAUUCGUGUGAUUACUCUCUAUGACAAUGAAGAGGUGGGCUCGGAGAGUGCUCAGGGUGCUCAGUCUAACCUGACGGAGCUCAUUCUGCGCCGCCUGGCAUCCAGCAGUGAAAACUUGACUGCCUACCAGGAAGCCAUGCCCAUCUCUUUCAUGAUUAGUGCUGACAUGGCUCAUGCUCUGCACCCCAACUAUCAAGAGAAACAUGAGGAAAAUCACAGACCUGCUUUUCAUAAGGGUCCGGUCAUAAAGUUUAACAGUAAUCAACGCUACGCCACCACUGCUGUAACUGCCUCUAUCAUCCGUGAGAUUGCCUCGAAGGUGGAUGUGCCUAUUCAGGACGUGAUGGUGCGGAAUGACAGCCCAUGUGGAACAACCAUUGGGCCCAUCCUGGCGGCUCGUCUAGGAAUUCCGGUGCUGGACCUGGGUGCUCCACAGCUGGCCAUGCACUCCAUCAGAGAGAUGUGCUGCACCUCUGGGGUCCUCCAGUCCACCAAUCUCUUCAAGGGCUUCUUUGAGCACUUUCCCUCUGUGAGAAAGACGGUUGUGGUUGACUAGGCUGUGCUGCUGGGAAGCAGUGUAGUCAGACAGCUGGCCAGAUGUGCGAACCAUCAGGGAAAUCAGAAUCUCCUCAACUCCUUUGGCUUGUCUUACAACAACCCUCCUUUGUGAAACAGAGGGUGCGUUGCAUCAGUCUAUGACAGUGUGGUUGCUAAGCCAUGUGCUUUUAUGUUUCUUCUUAAUCAGAGUAUCACUGUUAAAAAUUAAAAAAUAUGCUUGAUA